CACUCCAUGGACUUGUUUUUAUUCACUUCCUCUGAGAGUACAAGGGUUGAGAGGAGGGUAGCCCACUCUUUUUACAUGAUCUAGCCUGGACCGGUUGGAACCUGUACCAUACUCAAGAGACACUUCCUCAACAGUGUGCAGUGCACCGGUGCAGCAAGCAACCAAAUCCAGACAUAGCUGGAAAUCCAGCAUGACUUCAGUCGAUAGCGAGUUACACCAAAAGGGUUCUAGAUUCCUGACGUCUUCAUAUUUCACAAUUAGGCUGGCUAUCUAGCCUAACUACAGACAGACAGACAGGACGAGAGGGAGAGAGCUAGCAAGGAUAGUUACAUUGUGUAGCUUACUGGGGCAGCAGAUAUGAUGUACCAAAUACAAUGUAUUCAUUUACAGACUGAAAAGUAGUAAUUGCUACAUAGUUACUGAACAGAUGGUUACAGUUCAAAGCUUCUGAAUGAGUUAUAUUGUAACAGAAUGUUCACGCGGGAGAAACAUUCGAUCAAGUCGUAGUAGAGUAGGUGGUGCCCUAGUUUUCAUUAUUAGGCCUAUCUCGAAUUUGGUGGCAUCUGAGACAAGCACGUUGUGUCUUUGGGACGUUGAUCUGUGGCAUCCACCAUCUCAUAAACGCCGGUAAUAGCGCUUUAAUGUUAAAGUUGGACUAUCCUUUACUUUGAAUUACAUGCGUACGGAGGCAGACGUUCUGCGCAUAUUGUUCACGUAGCUAGUGUUUAUCAGGUAGCCAAUGCAGAACCGUGGGUAUUGAGAAUGGUGCUGACAUUCGCACUGUCACGAACAUAAUAUUCUUGGUCACAAGCUUUAUUCUAUAGAUGAUGGUUUAAUUAUUUGAUCUGAACCGUCGGAAGGAACUGUCUUGACCGUAAAAGUGGAAUGGAGUGCCGGAAAUCUUAUUGAUAAGAGAUAACGUCACCAAGAUAGAAUGUUUACCAUCACUGAGUUAGCAUCGCUGAAUGACAUCCAGCCGACCUACCGCAUCCUAAAACCAUGGUGGGACGUCUUCAUGGACUACCUGGGGGUGGUCAUGCUCAUGUUGUCCAUCUUCGCCAUGACGAUGCAGAUCACAAAGGACCAGGUGGCAUGCCUUCCCUACCUGGAGGAAGCGGAGGAGGCGGCAGGGCCAAACUCUUGCACAACCCAAUGUCAGCAAGAAACCACCUCAUCAACAGUUAGUAUGACGACAGUGCUUGCUACACCAAUGGCCACUAAAGAUCUACCAGACAGUGCUGUACACGAGAUCCACAACACCCAACCCAUCGUUGUGAAGCGAGAGAGCAAAAUGCAGCAACCUGAGCCCACAGGAAUCCGAACCAACUUAGAUUAUCAGCAGUACAUCUUUGUCAACCAAAUGUGUUACCAUGUUGCCUUGCCCUGGUACUCAAAGUACUUCCCGUACCUCACCCUCAUCCACACCCUUGUGCUUAUGGUCAGUAGUAACUUCUGGUUCAAAUACCCCAAGACAAGCUCAAAGAUUGAACACUUUGUGUCCAUUCUCGGACGGUGCUUUGAGUCUCCAUGGACGACAAAGGCUUUGUCCGAGACAGCCUGUGAGGAUUCUGAGGAGAACAAACAGAGACUGACUGGCACCACUUCAGCACCGAAACAGGUAUCACAGGAAAAUAAAGACGAAAAUGCUGCCAACACAUCUACUCCUAUGCUUGGGAAUACAGGAGUCAAGUUCUCAGCAGAUACGCCCGUUGCUGAGGCACCAAGUAUGACUAUCUUGGACAAGAAGGAUGGAGAGCAGGCCAAGGCUCUUUUUGAGAAGGUGAGAAAAUUCCGUGCCCAUGUGGAGGACAGCGAUUUCAUCUACAAGCUCUACGUAGCUCAGACCGUGGUCAAAACGGUCAAGUUCAUUUUGAUUCUGUCAUAUACGUCAACUUUUAUGGCUGCCAUCGACUUUCGCCACAAAUGUGAGCCCGAUAUUAAACACUUAACCGGAUAUAAGCAAUUCUUUUGUACCCACAACAUGGCGUUCAUGCUGAGAAAGCUCCUCCUCAGCUAUAUGGCCCUCAUAUUGAUCUAUGGGAUGGUGUGCUUGUACUCCCUCCACUGGCUUUUCAGGCGCCCCCUUAAAGAGUACUCAUUUGAGAAAGUCAGAGAGGAGAGUAGCUUCAGUGACAUUCCUGACGUGAAGAACGAUUUUGCGUUCCUCCUGCACAUGGUCGAUCAGUACGACCAGCUGUAUUCCAAACGGUUUGGUGUAUUCCUCUCAGAGGUCAGCGAGAACAAGCUGAGGGAGAUCAGUCUGAACCACGAGUGGACAUUUGAGAAGCUCAGACAGCUUGUGAUCCGAAAUGCCCAAGACCAGCAGGAGCUCCACCUCUUCAUGCUCUCUGGUCUCCCCAAUGCAGUGUUUGAUCUCACCGACCUGGAAAUACUUAAACUAGAACUAAUUCCUGAGGUCAGGUUUUCGGCAAAGAUUUCCCAAAUGACCAGUAUGCAUGAGCUGCACCUCUGCCACUGCCCUGCCAAAGUUGAGCAGACAGCCUUUGUCUUUCUCCGUGACCACCUCCGCUGCCUUCACGUCAAGUUCACAGACGUCGCUGAGAUCCCAACAUGGGUUUACUUGUUGAGAAGUUUGAGGGAGCUUAACUUGGUAGGGAAUUUAAGCUCAGAACACAACAAAAUGAUAGGACUAGAGUCCAUGCGAGAUUUGAAACAUCUAAAGACAUUGUAUCUGAAGAGCAACCUCACCAAGAUGCCUUCAAGCCUAACUGAGCUAUCCCCACACCUGAUCAAACUGGUGGUGCACAAUGAUGGUACUAAACUACUGGUACUGAACAGCCUCAAGAAGAUGACAAACCUUGCCGAUCUGGAGUUGCACAACUGUGAGCUGGAGAGGAUCCCCCAUGCUAUUUUCAGCUUAACCAACCUUCAAGAACUGGACCUCAAAUCCAACAACAUUCGCACCAUUGAGGAGAUCAUCAGCUUUCAGCACCUCAAGAGGUUGACCUGCCUCAAACUGUGGCACAACAAAAUCAUCACCAUUCCAGCCUCCAUAGGCCAGGUCAAGUGUUUGGAGUCACUUCACCUUUCGCACAACAAACUGGAGACGCUCCCGCCGGCGCUGUUCCACCUCCCCAAGCUGAGGCACCUGGACGUCAGUCAGAACUCCAUCACAGUGAUCCCGCCGGACGUGGGUCUCCUGCAGAACCUCCAGCACUUCGCCAUUAAUGCAAACAAGGUGGAGGUGCUGCCCAAGCAGCUGUUCAGGUGCACCAAGCUGAAGGUCCUGUGUCUGAGCAACAAUGGCCUCACCACCCUGCCUGAGACAGUGGGUCAGUUGGUGCAGCUCACUCAGCUGGAGCUUAGGGGGAACUGUCUGGACCGCCUUCCCUCGCUACUGGGGAACUGUCGCCUUCUACGUAAAAACUGCCUCAUUGUCGAGGACCACCUUUUUGACACUUUACCCGUAGAGGUAAAGGAGAGCAUCAGUCGGGAGACCAAUGUGUCCUUUGCGAGUGGCUUAUAGCUUAUAAUCUCUGAUAUCUUAAACCCUUACGGUACAGUGAUUAACUGAAAUGUAUAUUAUAACUCACUGAAGCAAUACGCCAUGAAAUUGAGAUGUUAUUCACCAGGAAGUAGCCUUGUAGUUUUUGAACUUUUGGGCAAAAACAUGGCAGAAUGGUCUUCAAGUCAAAUACUUCAUAAAAAGCAUCUGGCAGAAGUAAAUUCUUCCAUAAUAUGAUUUGAUGUAUUUCUUAAAGGACCCUGUUUUCACGAAUUUGAUUAUAUAACUUCAAGCCCAUUGAAAAGAUAUGGGGACAUGACCCGGAAGUAAAGCGGAAGGGGUGGUUACUUUCACAGGGUAUUGAACCACAUUUUAUUGAUUAUAAAUUGCACUAUAUGGUUUGUUCCUUGACACUUUUAACUUAAUAAAGUGAGAGAGAAUGCUUCUUCUCAACGCAGACUGCAGAGCUCUGUAAUCACGUAAUGACUUUUUGCAAUUAUCGUUUCAAAGUAGUAUAUUUUUCAAAUAUUUAAGAAUGUUCAGGAUAAAAAAAACAUUUUCAGUUGCUUCCUAGGGUAUUAUCGCAUAAUAUUGUUAACGGGAAUUGAAUUUUUGACUUAUUAAUAUAUAUUGUAUUAGCUACUCAGGUAUAAUGUUAACCAUGGGGAAUAGAUUUUCAACCUUAACUGCUGCUAUUUCUCAGUGAGGGCUUUAAUAAGAAAGGACCAAACAGCAUGUUUGUCUAAACAUUCACUGUCAUUAUUCACAUCACCAUUCAAUGACAGAACAAAUUCUCUCUUUUCAGUAGUAAUUCACUUUUAUUUAAAUAAAGUUUCAUUCAUUUGCUUCAAUGACGUCCUGCAGCCAAGACAUGGUCUGUCAGCAGAGUGACAGUUGUUGUGUGUUGAUAAGAGGUGGGAUCCUCAGUCUACCGGGAACUGUUUAAAACUGCUUCGUCACAGUCUUGCCUAUGUGAUCAUACUAAGUUCACUGGGGGAAUAGAAGAUACAGUCUGAACUUUUACCCCCUCUUGGGGAUUACGCUUGAAGUUGGGUGUUCUUUGCACAACCAAUAUUUGCUUUUCUCAUAGAUUGUUCAAUGUUUUCUAUGGAUUACACUCGCCUAUCACAGACCAUACUAAACCUAAUUUAUUUUUUAAAGAUGUGUGAUUGAAAAGGGAUGAGGUUUGACAAAACGGAGAGAACAAUGGGACAGAGAUUGUUAUAGCUUUUUUUUCUAUGUAUUUCUGUACUGUACAUGAACUGUUCACAUUUGCCACCAUACCAAAUUACUGAUCAUACGCUCAAAGUCCAUUCAUUUAUGGCACAAUAAAACUAGAUUUUAGAUACA